UGCCCGCAGAGAGGCCCGUACGGCAGGAGGAGAGAGGCAGGGACGCGCCGUGCGGGGACGGACGCUGCUGCUGCCGCAGAGCACACUGCUGCGAAACAAGGAGCAGCCAGGGCACCAAACAGCCGGCGACCGGCCGAAACUUUGCAGCGACGACACGCAGCCAUAAUGCGGCACCGCCCGCCGACCCCGGAGCUGAUGUGACUGUGCACGCCCAGAGCAGGGAGGAAGCGGCGGACACCACCACCACCUCUCCCCGGUCGCCUCGCCUCGUCGCGGCAGGUCGGUCUGCCUGUCUGGAGGGGGGACAUGUCCUCGCUAACCGUCGAGGAGGACCAAAAAUGGGCACCGACACACGUCCAGGUGACGGUGCUGAGAGGCAGGGGCUUACGGGGCAAGGGCAAGCACGGCACCAGCGACGUGUACACCAUCAUCCAGCUGGGGAAGGAGAAAUACUCCACCUGCGUGGUGGAGAAGACCACCGAGCCGGAGUGGAAGGAGGAGUGCUCGUUCGAGCUGCAGCCCGGCGUGCUGGAGAGCGGCGGGCGGAGCGGCUACCCGGCCGGGUGCAACGAGCUAGUCCUCACCGUGAUGCACCGGGCGCUCAUCGGGCUGGAUGUGUUCCUCGGCCAGGCGGUGAUCCAGCUGGAAAAGGUCUAUCAUGAGAGCAGACACGUGAAAAACCAUUGGUACAGGCUCAACUCGAAGACGGGGAAGAAGGAGAAGGAACGAGGAGACAUUCAAGUCACCAUCCUGUUCACCCGAAACAACCUGACCGCCAGCAUGUACGACCUCGUCAUGAAGGACAAGGGCGCCUCCACCUUCUGCAAGCUGAAGGAGCGCAUGAGGGGGAAGAGGAGGUCCAGCGAUGAGGACUCCUCGUCGGCCGUCCUGCCAGGCGGUUACGGGUCCCUUUGCCGGAUGCGACAAAGACUGCCGAGCGACGGAGGCGGAGAGGAGGACUACGAGGACGACGAGGGGGGCGAGGCCCGUCGUAGCAAGAUGAGGACCUUUUUCCUAAGAGGGAAGCUGAGAAAGUCAUCGGACACGCGCUCCAGCACAUCGCUCGGCUCGGAGAGCAGCGAGUCCUCGUCUCGGGGUGGGAGCCUCAGCCCCACGGCCGGCAUCAGCGUGGUGGUCUCUGACCUCUCCAACUCCCCCAGCAACAGCAGCAACCUGACAGUCGAUAACAGCCCAGAGCACACAGCAAUCACGUCGCCCAAGUCGUCGUCCUCUCUCAAAUGUGAGUUUGGUGAUGAGGCCGGUGAGAUCACCAUCGCAGUGCCUCAGCCGACUGUGUGCGUUAAUGGAAGCCAUUCUUACAACGUCCAGCCCCUGGACCCAGGCUCAGGAAAACCUGCAGAUUCUUUAGGCCUGGGACUGUUGCAGAAGUCUUUGCCUCUCUCCAUCUCUCUACAGAACCUCAGCCCACGGGCUUCCACAGACCUCCCCAAAGGCCCCGUCGGAGAUGGCCGCCGCUGGUCUUUCGACAGGCCUGGCGCGGAGGAGAAGGCAGCCAUAGCCGCGGCCCUGGAGCACAGCGGCCCCAUGCUGGGUGACGAAGAGGUGCUGCUGGCUGCUCCGCCCAAAGCCGCCUUCUCCACGGUGGAGUUGGAAAGCCAGGGGAAGAAGCAGAAGAGGAACUUGUUCUCCCACGGGAGGAGUGAGUCUGCAGGGAAAGGGCAGAGUCAGUCCAAGGAUGAGUCUGAACAGGCCCCCGCUGCCACCGAGGAGAAACACAAGGGAUGGUUUGGAUCAAAGGACUCGCACAGCAAACCCAGCCUGGUGGUGUCACCUAAACUAGAGCCCAGCACUGAUCCCCACCCACCACCCCUACCACCUAGUCACCCCCCCUCGGGUCCCCCUGUUGAUCCUGCCUCUCUGGGUUCUCCACUGCAUCACACUAACCCCUUUAGCCACUCACAGAGCACACCACCCCCAAUAUCCCCCUGCAACCCUUUCUUCUCUCUCCUCCAACACAACCCUUUUUAUGAAGACAUGCUAACCGCUCAGCCCCUAAAACCUUCGCUGCCUCCUCUGCCCUAUCUCUCCAGCUCCCGCCCCCCCAUAGCCCAACUCUUUCCACAGCAGAGUAACCCUAAACCCACCCCAGCUAACAACAAUCAAACUGCAGAGGACUCCAUCACUGGUACAGAUGCAAAGAGCAAAGCGAUGGCCAGAGUUGAGAAGCGACCUCUUCCUCCGACUCCCCCGGAAAGGGAGACAUUUUUAAGCAAGAGGCCACCCAACCCUUUUAUAUCUGCCGGGGAGCUAGAACCGGAUUCAGAGUGGGACGAAUCCUUUGAAGCGUUUGCAGCUGGCAGGCUGCAGUCUCCUGAGGAUCUGACCACAGAUUGCAAAACAGAGCAAAACACACCCAGUGACCAUCCACUGGAACACUGCAAUAAUAAAGGAGCAUUGCUACCCAUCACAGACGCUGAUCAAAACACAAAAGUGAACGACGCACCACAUCAUCAACCUCGCACAGAAUUUGUUAUUGAAGCGCAGGAAGCCUCCAGCCAGGUGACCAACACUAACACAUAUCACUUUGACACAUUUGCACAAUGUCUUGAGACAAUCCCGGAGCACACAAGCUUUGAGAGUGACAACUUAACUUUAAAUACUCCUGCUGACCCACCAAAACUGGCUGCUUGCACCGAAACUAAUCAAGCUAACAGUACUACUAACACAAAUAAUUUAACCGACACUAAUAUGCAUCAAGCCCUCCAUCACUCUUCAUCUGUAAAGCUCAACAGCAGCUCCCCUGAUCCCGGUUCUUCAGGUCUCGGCAGUUCAGCAGAAGAGGAUUUCCACUCCUGUCUCUCUUCCUAUUCGGACAAAUUCUCCGCAUCCUCAGAGGAAGCUGAGGUGCAGAACUUUGAAAGCAACAUCCUCAGCUUUGAGAGUUCCUCUGAGUCGGCUGUGGUCAAAACCUUUAAGCCCUCGGAAUCUGAAGAUGACAUUAAUGACAGGUCAAAUGAUCUGACUUUAGUUGAUGUAGACCAGCACACUGUUAUUCAGCACAGGGAUGGUGAUGAAAAGGUAGAUAUAAAUGUUUUAGAGGUGUCAUUGACACCACAGUCUUCUGUGCUCACACAUCAGCAGCCUGUGAUCACUGCAAGAGAGACUCAGGCACCAAAACUCUCAGAACUAACGGCAGAAUCCAACGUCUCUACACAGUCUGACAAUGAAAAUGGAGACAAAGUCAAAGGUGAAUUAAAUGCAUUUCCAGAGGAGUUUUCAGAAGUGCUAAAUGAUUCCUCUGUUUCUGUAAGUAGCACUACAGAUGUGAUCACCCCUGUGACUCCAGAUGAUGAACUCUGCUCCACAUACCCAUUAUUACACAUCACGACCUCCUCUCCUGAUGUGAGGCAGAGUUCAACGGAUUCGCCCAUUGAGGACACUAGUGUAGGAAUUCGACAGUCGCCUAUACCAUUUGGGCUUUUUGUUGAUUUCUUCAACACCGGUCACAUUGCGAACAGUCCUAGCCAAGUCUUCGACGAACAACUGUUGCACACUCGGGUGUCCGAUCAGAGCACCAGCAGCUUUCUCCAAAGCCUUUAUGUCAGCACCGACUCGCAGGAUUACCAAACCUGUGAGUCUCACCCGUCCUCCAAAUGCGCCAGCGGCUCAGAGCUAAACCAGACGCUACACUCUGUGAACUCAACUCUCUGUGACGAGCUGAGUGAGAUUCAGACGACUGCUGAUGCUGCUUUGGGCCGAGAAGAUUCCAGCAAUGCAUGCAAGCCAUCCAAUGAAGGAAUCAACCCAGUUCAGUUUGAAGAAUCCCUCAGUGGAGCCGAAGGCAACACCGCAACUCUUGAGCCAAGUUUCAUGCUAGGGGACGACUUUGGUUUAGUACUCCCUGCAGCAUCGACAGACUCUUACAUGAGCUGUAACCCGAGGAAGCUCAUUGAAGGAGGUGUGGAAAGUCGGCAUGUGGUCGUAAGUGACGUGUUCUCGAAAUGCCCUCAGGAACAAAAUGCUACGCUACACCGCUCCCAGUCUGAGGGCACACUGAUACCUGCCUUUGAUGAGCUCCUCCUGCCCUCCUUUGGGAGUGAUCCAGGUGCCAUACAGGAGUCCUCUUCAGCUCAGUCUGGCCCUGACCUCCCCUCUCUGAUUUACUUUGCUCCUUCUCUAACUCCUGACAGUAGUAGCUCCCCUGUAGCGCUCUGUUCCCUCCCUCCCCUUGCCAAUGCUAUGGCGAGGUCACCACCCAGCACGGCACGAGUUGCGGCGCCAAAACCAAUGCCUCAGGAGACCCAGCAGCAGCAGCAGGCAGCCAAUCAGCAGAACAGCCCUCACCUAGUGAAGCCCCUGACCACUGCCACGCUGGCUGAGGAGAAGCGGACUGAGGGCCGGUCAGUGCUGGCCACCGGCCUGGAGAAGCUCAAGUCCACCAUCCACCCGGGGAGGAGCAGCCAGCUCAGCGAGCAGGAGACGGACAGGAAGAAGUCUGCGACAGAAGGGGCGGGCUCGUACUACCACCUGAACCACAGUGAACUGGUCGCCCUGCUGGUGCAGCGCGAGGCAGAGCUGGAGAGGCAGAAGGCGGAGUUCGAGCGGCAGAAGUUUUUGCUGGCUAAGCGGGAGGUGGAGCUGAAGAAGUUGAAGCCGCAGGUCAGAGAUCUGGAGGACUACAUUGACACGCUGCUGGUGCGCAUCAUGGAGCAAAAGCCCACUCUCCUGCAAGUGCGUUCCAAGUUGAAGUGACGAAGGGGGGUGGGGGGGCUGGGUUUGCAGUUCAGUCCGCAUCUGUUCACUCUAACCUCCACAACAGCUCUUUAGUCUUUUCACUGCUAUGCUGUCCUUUUUGAUACAAAUAUCUAGGCACUGAGAGAUGUCGAGGCGAUGUUUUCCAGACGGCAUGCUUUACUGUGCUGAAACGUGGCCUCGUCGAAGGGUUCGGUUCGGGCGGUUCUGAAUGUAGCGGGUCCUCAGGUUGUUUUCAGGUUCACACAGCCAGUUGGUUUUACGUUCUCAGAGGAGUGAGCCCAGUGUGUUCAAAACCAAGAUGCUUCCACUUUGGGAUCCUGAUUGUAGAAACAUUGAUUCCUCCUUUUCACCUCACUUGUCACUUCUAUCACCUUAUCACAAAAGAGAGAAAUGGUAGAGUUUCAGUCCAUAACACUGUAUAUCAACUAGCUGCUCACGCUGUUCAAAAAUAUGUGUUUCUCCAAAAGUGUCACAGUUCUGUGGGCAGAGGGGAGCUAACAGUGAAGGGCCACUCUGGUGGUUUUGCAUGUUUUUGUCCAUUAACCAUAAAUUGCACAUACUUCAAAUCCAUUUUUUCCAUGGGCCAUUUCUGUAGCAUACCUUCAGGUUUGGGCCGAUUUUAUACCAUCGGGACAGCCUUUGGUUUCACGUCAUCUCAGUGCAGCAGCAAAAUCAACAUGAAGGGGCUUGAAACUGCUCAAGGCCUUUGUUUUUAGUUCAUAGCUGCAGUUGAGAGCAGGGACCUUUUUCAAAAUGCGGCAAAAAUGCUUUGAUAUCCAAGAUAUAAGAUUCAUUUGCCAGAAAGCGUUACUAAUAAUUAUUUUCAUUGUUAGUUAAUAUGACAUAUUGAUGGAUUAAUCUUUUGGUCUAGAAAUUGUCAGAAGACUGUGAGAUGAUAAAGCAGCCGGACACCUUCAACAGUUCAAAAUCCAGAGAUAUUCAAUUUACUGUAAAGUAAAGCAGCAAAUGUUUGGCCUUUUUACCCAUCUUAAGACUGGAGGCAGGGGUACCCUGGCUCCCUCCUCACUUCCAAAGAACACCUACCAAUAAUUCUGUACACAGACAGAAAAAUAAAAAGUUUUAUGCGUAGUUACAUGCUAUAACAUUUUUGGCCCCUGGCUCCCCCUAAAAACCACAACUUAGUGCUUUAAACAUGUUGGUUGCCAUAUUUUUUUAACUUUGGACAGACCCAGGCUCCCUGUUUCCAGUCUUAAUGCUAUGCUAAGCUAAUCGCCUCCUGACUCAAGAUCCAUACUUAGCAAAGAGAGCGGUAUCGAUCUUCUUAUCUAAAUGUCGAACUGUUCCUGUAACUGAAAUGACCUGAAAUCAGCAGCUGCUGAAUUAUUUCAUAUAAUUCACGAAAUUUGGUUAAUGAGGAAAAUUCAGGCGAAACCACCAAUAUGUUUCUUAAACUGUACUGUACCAUACCGUACUGGAAUGGCUUCUGGGAUGGGCGUCACGUUGUCCACAUGGUGUAUACGUUGUUUUGGACUGACACUCUACAAACGUUCCUUCUUGAAUAUCGAGUGCUCUGACCAGUUUUUGAAACUACAAACCAAAUGAGCGGUGUGAGAGUUCAGCCUUGUCACGUGCACAUUACUGGGAACUGAUCGUAGCUUAUGAAUGUUCAAAAGUGUUCUUAGCCAGCAAGCGAAUGGUUUUACUUUCUACGCACGAUAAGUGCUGUUUAUCUUUUGCUUGUUCCUUCCUUUUUUUUCCCUCCUUUUUCCCUUUUUCUGUUCAAUGGGCAUGUCUUGAAAUUACCCAUAAUGCUCAGCCUAAUAAGCUAACUGAUUCUUGUAUGGGUCACAGUGUUAUCAGGUGAAGACAGUAUCACUCAGUAUCCAGUCAGUAUCAAGAUCAGCCAUCACAGCUUCUCUGAUCUCAUGCUUCUGCCUUCCCACGUGUGUUAUCAACACGACUCCACUGUUGAGAAAAUGCCUGCGACGUGCUGGUACUUGACUCCCCUCCCUCAGUGUCUGUGUCACAUCUGCUUCUGCUCAAGCACGCAUAUCGCUACUGCUUUCAGGUGUUACAAAGGGAUAUAUACCGCAUUUUACAGCAUAUAUGCCGUAUUGAAAUGCCAAAUGCUGCCUUAUUUUUGUUUUGUUUUGCCAUUCAUUAAGAAUCUAGCACUUCAUUUUACUUGUCGGGGCUUGGGGCAGGUUUUGAAGAUGAUAAGCCAUCUGUUUGCUGAUAGUUUCUUCUUUUUUUUUAACUUCUUUUCAUGCUUCAGUAUGAUAUUGAUUAGAUCACUGCACAAAAAGAAACUGUAUGCAUACCAAUAGAAAAUGAGCAGUAACAGUGAUUUCCUGUGAAAUGCCAAAAAAAAAAAGCCUUGAAACUUAAUCUAUGGAGCAGAUUGAUACACCAUAAAGUAUUCUGAUAUAUGAUGCCACUUUUAACAGCAUUUGUGGAUGUUCUUGCACUACUUAAUCGUCAGAACAUAACUCUACUGUACCUCUUUGUUGAUAUCGGUAUAGUUAGAUCUACUUUACACCGUACUGCACUUUUUAAUCGCUCUGUGAUUUAAGCACUUGGUCUACUUUGACACCACAACAAUGAUUUUCCAGUGAGCUUGAAGCAUACAAAAACAUCCAAAACCGUCUUGUCAUCUCAGUUCUGCUGUGCGAUCUCAAUAUCAAGUGCAUAGAUGACUGUAGAGACAUAUUAAAUGUGACUCGGCACUUAUGAAGCGCAAGAAUAAACGUCCUCCUCCAUGUCUUCCAUUUUCAAAGUUUUUAUUUAAGUUUAAACUGAUUUGUAUUUUGUCCUUGAUUGUGUAGCUGGUGGAAUGUGCUUAAGGUAGUAUGUAAGAUUGGAAAGUUUACAAUUCGUGAUGCAAUUCUGUUUCACAAAUUUUGUAUAUUUAAUAAAGAAUAUUUUGUGUUUCUUGCUCAC